CAGUCGUUUACCUGACCUUAUGUGACACCCCUGGGCAAACUUGAUAUUUGAAUCGCCUUCCUAUAAUUCUACAUUUUGUCUUGUGAUGUUAGUAUUUGUUGCGUUAUUGUUUUCAGCUUGCUGCUCGCUCGUUUCUGCUGACGCUGCUGAGAGCCGGUCUUGUCUUGAAGAACGGUUUGUAGCAGAGGAGCUAUAUCAGCAGCAAUUAUCUGAGGCGACUGAUUUGGGAGAUGAUUUGCACUUUUACGUGCCACAAUGUGAUGUAAGAACUGGAAGUUGGACCCCGCUUCAGAGUGACAGUAAGAACCAGAGAUGGUGCGUUGACGAGCAAACAGGUGAUGUCAUCUCAAAGAAAUCAGACCAGUUGACGAGUUGCACUGGCUGCCUGGCCUCCAAGCUUACAAUUGACAUGAGCAUUGAGCGAGCUGAUGAAGCUAGAGCCAGAGUUAACAACGUCUUCAUACCAGGGUGCCAGGACGAAUUCCCAGAGAAAUACGAAGCAAGUCAAUGCUGGAACGGGUACUUUAACGCUUGCUGGUGCGUCAACGUUAACACUGGGGAGGCGACUACUUUCCCUUCUCAAUACGAGGACCAGGUGAACUGCAACACGGGUCGACCCCACCACCACCAACACCGGGCCGUCUCCUGGUGCCGGGUCCUGGAGAGCCUCACCACCAGCUACUACAGUGUUUAUGAGAACGUCAAGGAGUGGAAACAGGGAUCAGGCUUGGAAACCACCUCUAAUGUGAAGCCUGACGUUACGAUACAGAUAAAAUGCGAUGAAAACGGGCAGUUUGCGGAGGAACAGUGCGUGGGGGAGGACUGCUGGUGUGUGGAUCCGAAAUCAGGGCACGUUGAGAAGGAGUGUCCUCGGCACCGAGCCAAGAGAUCCCUCUACUCUAUCUGUCAGGAUAACAGAAUUCAGCAACUCGAGGCUUACUACGAGUUUGUUUCCAUGGGUGUGAUGCUGGAACACUUCACUAUUCCACAGUGCACUCUGUUAGGAGGCUGGGACGAGAUCCAGUGCUCCAACCAGACGGUGAACGGCGAGAAGACGUGCUGGUGCGUGGAUCAGAUCACAGGAACACAGACCACUAAUGCCAGCAAGUCCCUACAGUCGUGCGAUAGUUGCCAGGCACAUCAGCUCAGAGCUGCUCAGGCUGAUGUUACGGACACAACAACUUGCGACCAAUCAGGGCAAUACUAUACAGUAAUCCAGUGCACCAGCUCCAACCGCAGAGUUGACGGCGAGACGACAUGCUGGUGUGUCGAUCACGUGACCGGGCGAGUUCUGCACAGCAGCAGGCACGGUGACGUUACCGGGGAACUGUGCGAGAGAGAGGACAGACUCUACAAUUUGAAGAGCAGAAACUGAGAGGAGAACGAAUGUGGAAUUUUGGGAAUGAGAAAUUUCCCGGGCUAAGAGACCAUUUC